AUGGAGACGGAUUCAAGAUACGUGAUUGGCCAGGAACGACAUUUCUUCGAAAUGCUGAAGCGCAUACUAGAGUACGACCCUCCUGACUGGCGGCGCCCAGGGCCGACCGCCUCGCAGGAGGGUCAUCAGCAGAAGAAGAUUGCUAACGGCUGCGACUUUUGCAACCGUUACCACCUGUCCGGGCACUGCAAGGGCGAAGAGGACUGCAAAUACAAGCACCCGCCCCACCUCAAAGACCAAGAGCUGCUUGCCCAGAGGCAUCUGGCCCGCAGUAUGUACUGCGGUAUCGGUUGCGAGGAUUUUGACUGCCAUUACACGCACCACUACCGAUACGGCCGCGAUUGCGGCAUGGGUGGUAAUUGCAAGUUUAAUGAAACCCACUAUAUUGAUCUUAAACGAGUAGCCAAGAUAUACGAGGACGGCACCAAAGAACACGUUUCAUCUCCAUAG